GGCGAGAAUCCCGCGUGUGUACGUGGCAGCCGCGCGUCCGACCAGACAAACACUGGCUAGCCCCAACCACAAACCACCACCCCAGCCUCCACCGAACAGCCAAAGCUGUCGGUCGGUUUGGGGCCACCCUUAUCUGUCUGUGAGUCGCUCACUCACUCACUCAGUGAGUCACUGCCAAUGAAUAUACAUAAAGCCCCACCACACACUAACGACUCUCGGCAAUUCACAUAAAAUUCUUGGUUGGGGCAAUUCGCAAGAAGGCAUGUCCCAGUGGAGGGAGCCUGUCUUGGCAUUGUGACAGACAGACAGACAGACAGACAGAGGGCCAAUGAGGAGAGGGCCAGGCACUGACAACUUACUAGCCUUCCUCACACGCCAUUCAUGAGAACGCAUGAAACGGGGUGGAAUCGAUCUGGGAGGGAGCAAAGCGUCGAUCCAUAUCUCUGGGGUGACACAAAAAUCUGUAUCAGCGGGCCACAUCACACCACACCACACCACACCGCACCACGCAGCGCAGCGCAUCCAGUGUGGACAGGUAAUAGGUAUUCAUAUCAGAGAUUCAUCCGGCAAGUCAUCAAGGAGAGCAUCGUCCAUCCAUCCAUCCAUCCAUCAGUCCACCCGUCAGCCCGAUCCGGAUAACAAACACGCGCACACAGACAGACAGACCCACACACCACACCCUUCCCUGACUCUUUGUCGCUUGCCACAAUGCAAUCACACGAAACGAGCCCCUUUCUAUCUGGUUCUCCGCCGGCAAGCCAGACGACCUCUCUCUGCCCUGGCGCCUCCGGCGCUGCUAGUUGCGAUACCCACACUCACACGCAAUAUCCCAACUCAUCCCAUCCACCUUGGCCGCACCACAAAAGACACACCAGACAUAUCCUAUCCAUCCAUAGGAACGUUGACAGACCGUCAAAAGUGAAGGAGUGCAUCGUGCCGGUCGGGGCCGGCGGGCGUCGAAACUGUCCUCCCUGUCGGCCAACAAACAACAAACAAAGAGCCGACAGCGCAUUGCUGCCCUCUCCCCCCUCCCCAUUUCACCUAGACAGACAGGUCACGUCACGCGCCAGCAAUCCAUCCACCGGCCUGACACAACCAGAGCAGACACACAGCCAACGUAUCCAUCCCGUCCACCCCUUGAGCGUGUCGCGUCAUUCGGUCAGUCUGUGUCCGUCCUCACCUUCGUAUCGUCGUAUGCGGUGAAGGGCAUGCAAUUAUGCAGUAUCCGUGCAGGUCACGGGCAACCGAGGCCCCCGUCUGUGGCGCCGCCGUCCCAACACGCACCGCUUCUUCACCUGUGGCGGCACCGUCGCUGCGUCACCUACAGCCCCCCUAGCCCUUGCUGCUGGGGUGUGGCUCAUUAGGUGGUCCCCCGGCUGACUCGCCCGACAUGCGCGGGGAGCUGCUGUCCUCUGAGGACAUUUUCACGUCAUCGGGCGACACACACCGACCCAUGGUGGUCGGCGCUGUGGAUGCGGCUGCAGCAGCGGUAGCGGUAGGAGGGGACGGCACGAGUGACGGGAGUAGACAGGGCGGGGCGAGCGCCGCUCUGAAGAACACAACACACACACGAGAGACACACAGAGAGAGAGAGAUGCAAUGGGUGUGUGGGGUGUGUGGUGCUGACUCGGUCACCUGACUGAGUUGAACCAGGAGUGGGUGAGUGCCUCUUCGGCGGUGGGCCGAUCCUGCGGUUUGAACUUGAUGAGGUGCUUGAGCACUUCAAUGCCGGCCGUUGACACCCUCCGGUUGACCGCCGACACGAAAGCGCUGCUACCAAACUUCUCGAAGAACUUUUCGAUUCCGAACGUCAUCAGGUAGCUGCAUAAACACACACACACACAGAGAGAGAGAGAGAGAGAUGGAGAGAGCUGCACCAUGCAUGGGAGCUUGGCUUACCGGAACUUGAUGGCCUCUUUGUCAAAGGGGUUGGUGCGCUCGAUCAUGUAUUCCUUGAAGAGCGGCACCGUCAAAAGGUGGAAAAAUAUCAUGCCCACCGAAAAGAUGUCGGCCUGUCCACACACACACACACACACACUUCACCCCCUCUCUCUCUCUGUGUGCCAUGUCCGUGCCGUCACCUUCGGGCCGUCAUAGUCCCCGCCGGUCCACAUAACUGGGUCCAGGUACAUGUGUUUGCCACGCCUUUUAGGGAUGGGCUUGUAGGGCGACUCCCCCGGCCGUGCACUUGGGUUGGGUGUCAGCCGCUGCGCCAUGCCGAAGUCGAUAAGGAUGGCGCAGUUCUCGCUGGGCGAGCAGUCGUAGCGCAUCAGCACGUUCUCGACCGACAAAUCCAGAUGCACAAUGCCAUACUGGUGGAUGAAGCGCACGCCGUCGAGGAUCUGGUGGAUGAGGCGCUUGAGGGUCUCCUCGGGCACCAGUCCCUCCGGCUUGAUGAACUCAAACAUGUCCCCGCCCUCAGCGAACUCGCUGACGAAGAAGAAGCUCUCUGUGUUCUGCCCACAGUCCAUCCACGUGGCGAUGUUCGUGGCCGGCCCGUUGAGCAUCGACAGGUACCGAAGGCAGCCCGUGUCGCCCAGAGGCUGCUCGGUGUCGCCAGUGGCCUGGGCGUGCUGCACGAACGCCUUGGGCACCACCUUGACCGCCACGUACUUCCUCUCCUUGUGGUCGUAGCAGCAGUAGACUUUACCCUUGUUUCGUUCCGCCUCACGCAGGAGGCGCACGCACUGGUACCGUCCCUCGCCCGUCUGGUUGUUGUACUCCUGCCAGUUGCGGACGAUGCAAUAGUCGGUGGGCUCCCAGGGAUGGCCCAGGAACCAGGGCAUGUCGCCCAUCCGCUGGUCGUACUGCAGACGCUGGGCGGGAGCCGCGAACGACUCGUCGAGCAACAUCUACACACACACACACAAAGAGUCAGCCGGAAGCGCGUGUGUAUGCGUUGGAGCGUCAGGGUGCUGUGUGCUGUGUGUGUGCGUGUGUGCGGUUGCUCAGCUCACUUGUUCGGUGUUGCCUGCUGGGGAAGGGGGAGGGGGUGUUGCUGUUGAAGGUA